AGAACAGGCUGACAGAGCCGUCGUCGGUUCAGUCUACGUUACGAACGUAAUCGCGAAAGCAGCAAAAACACCACAGCACUUUGUACAGCCAAUUAUGGGCGAAAGAAAGGCCUGCGUCUUCGUCGUCUUGUGGUCUACACUGCCCUCUGCAAAUCCUUGAAUCGAUAAGCCUAUAGCCAACUUAGGUUAGGGACACACUGUAAUCCACCACCAAUCGUUAUCAAACCUUCCAGGUUUCGAUCCGGGUUUGCUCAUCUCCAUCUUCACAGUCGUCGUCGUCGUCGUCGUCUACCGUCCUAUACCUGUGUAUUGAGGAACAACCUUCACCACAAUCGCAAACAUAGCCCAGAGCGAGAACAUCAGUCGUGGAGUAUCAGCCGCAGGUAGUAUGACUUCGAACAACAUUCUCUGGUUUCGCCAUGGCCUCAGGUUACACGACAAUCCGAGUCUGCUGGAGGCACUGCGCAACGAUGGCGGUGGCCAGUCGGAAUCGGUGCGACUGUACCCGAUCUUCAUCUUCGACGGAGAAAGCGCUGGCACCAAAUUGGUCGGCUACAACCGGAUGAAGUUCCUGAUGGAAUCGCUCGACGAUCUGGACCGCCAGCUGAAGGCCAUCGGCGGUCAGCUGUACAUCUUCCGGGGUAACGCGGUCAACGUGAUGCGUCGCCUGUUCGAGGAACUCAACAUCAAGAAGCUCUGCUACGAGCAGGACUGCGAGCCCAUCUGGAAGGAGCGCGACGACCAGAUCGUGAACCUGUGCCGCAUGAUGGACGUCAAGUGCGUCGAGAAGGUGUCGCACACCCUGUGGGACCCCGAGCAGGUCAUCGCGACGAACGGCGGCAUCCCGCCGCUGACCUAUCAAAUGUUUCUGCACACAGUCAACAUCAUCGGCGAGCCGCCGCGUCCGGUCGGCGCCCCGAGCUUCGAGUUUGUUGAGUUCGGCCGCCUGCCGUCCAUUCUGUCAACCGAGCUGAAGCUGUUCCAGCGUGCCCCGGUACCGGAGGACUUUGGCAUCUACUACGAGGGAAACGCCGAUAUUGCCCGCCAACGGUGGACCGGCGGCGAGGCCAAGGCGCUGGAGCUGCUGGGCCGUCGUCUGAAGCAGGAGGAGGAAGCUUUUCGCGAGGGGUAUUAUCUGCCGACGCAGGCUAGGCCGGACUUCCUGGCUCCGCCGAGUUCGAUGAGUGCGGCGUUGCGGUUUGGGUGUCUGUCGGUGCGCAUGUUUUACUGGUGUGUGCACGACCUGUUUGCCCGGGUUCAAGCGAACAACCAGCUGAAGCAUCCUGGGGGACAUCACAUUACGGGGCAGCUGAUUUGGCGGGAAUAUUUUUACACCAUGUCGGUGCACAAUCCGCACUACGCGGUGAUGGAGUUGAACCCGAUCUGCUUGAACAUUCCGUGGUACGAGGCGAAGGAUGACUCGCUGGACCGGUGGAAGGAGGGCCGUACCGGCUUUCCGCUGAUCGAUGCCGCCAUGCGGCAGCUGAUGGCCGAGGGCUGGUUGCACCACAUCCUGCGUAACAUUACAGCAACAUUCCUAACCCGUGGAGGGUUGUGGAUCUCCUGGGAGGCCGGCGUGCAGCACUUCCUCAAGUAUCUGCUGGACGCUGACUGGUCCGUUUGUGCCGGCAACUGGAUGUGGGUUUCGUCGUCCGCCUUCGAGAAGCUGCUGGAUUCGUCCUCGUGCACCUCGCCGGUCGCUUUGGCCCGUCGGCUCGAUCCCAAGGGAGAGUACGUCAAGCGGUACCUGCCGGAGCUGGAGAAGUUCCCGGCGCUCUAUGUUCACGAACCGUGGAAGGCCCCGCCGGAGUUGCAGGAGCAGUACGGAUGCGUCAUUGGCAAGGACUAUCCGGCCCCGAUGGUUAACCUGGCCGAGGUCAACAAGUGCAACGCCAACAAGAUGAACGCCAUCCGGCAGAAGCUGCUGGACCAGGGCGGAAGCACUCCGGCCCACUGUCGGCCCUCGGACAUGGACGAGGUGCGGCAGUUCUUCUGGCUGCCCGAGGACGUCGCGGCAGAAAGCUAAACGGAGAUUUGGACGCAGUUGUUGAUUGGAACACACUUAGAUUUUUCUACCAAAUUUGGUAAAAUGUUUCUGAAUUUCGGUAAUUUUUUUUCAUUUUGACAGACUUUUUACCGAUUUUUCAACUACCGAAUUCGGUAAAGAAAUCUAAGUGUAGAAG